AUGACUGAAAAAUUGACCCUAAAUUUGGCCGGAAACACAACUGCUGAACACAUUAGUGAUAUUUCUGUUCUGAUAGUUGAUAAUGACACUACAUCAAUUGAAUAUCUCACUUCAAUGCUUAAGCAAUUUUCAGAUAAAGUGAUGAGCGUGAACAUGGCAAGUGACGCUUUAUCGAUGAUCGAAAAGCAAAAGGAUAUUGGACUUGUCAUAGCCAACACUGAAAUGCCUCGCAUAGACUCACAUUCCUUCCUCACUGCUUUGCUUCACAAAGAAAUUCCUCUUAUACUGAUACAUCCAGAAAUAAACACCAAGGAAGCAUCAGAUCUUUUAACAAAAAGUACACAUUUUUGUCUAAAGAAGCCGAUUUCUGAAAGUGAUAUCAAAAACCUGUGGCAGCAUGUGGUACCUAAGGAGAGCCAAAAGUUAGAGAAAAUCAACAUCUCUGAACAGCAAGAGAAGGUUGUGGAGAAAACUAUGCUAAAUCAGAUUGAAUCUUUUAGAGAAACCAUAAAGAGGCAGAGAAUAAGUCAAUCAUCUUUGUUAGGAAAACAACCCUUCGUCAAAACAUUUACAACCCCUAAAACAUACCAAAAGAGAAAAGAAAAAGCAAUUGAUGAAGGAAACACUAAACCGGUUUACCCCACUGAGGCUGAGAACAAAAGAGAGGAAGGAAUAAAAAUGGGGAGUAAUAUUGGAAGACGAUGCAAUGUAUGGACUCAGGAGCGUCAAAUGAAAUUUUUAACAGCUAUCUCCAUAUUGGGUGAAAAAGAUUCUCGUCCCAAAUCCAUAUUGAGCAUUAUGAAUGACGCAGACUUGAAUCUUCGCCAAGUCGGUAGCCACCUUCAGAAAUACAAAGCUCAAGUUGAGCUAAUGAACGAUUCAUUGUCGAGGAAUGAAUGGAGGUCAACAGAUAAGAUAUUCAACUACCCUUCAGACUAUAAAUAUCCUUUCAAUGCAUCCAACUUAGCGAAGAAUAUCGUUGAAAGUAACACAAAGUGGUAUUCCUUGAGGAAGAAGGAAGCAUCCUCAUCAUCCAUCGACCAAUAUUCAUUUAAAAAAUCUGCUGACAAGGGGAAAGCGAAGAUGAUGCCCAAGUUUCAUCUAGGUGGAAAAUUGGAUUUGAGUAAGCACUCACUUUUUGAUAACGUGUUAAACAAGUCACCUAUGGAAUUCAAGUACGUUCCUUCAGCCACAAGUAACAAACCACAUGUCCUUUCUUCUACCAAUGAUGUUAAUAAUAGUGUCUUAAGUAGUGAUAACCCUCCUGUUCUUUCUGGUUUACCAUUAAGUGUUGAUGCAUCUAACCAUAGUGGCUUAAGUAAUAACCUUCCUGUCCUUUUUGGUUUGCCAUCAAGUGUUGGUGCAUCUAAGCAUAAUGGUUUAGGUUAUGAUAGCCCUUCUGUCCUUUCUGGCUUGCCAUCAAAUGUUGGGGUACCUAACCAUAAUGGCUUAAGUGAUAACCCUUCUGUUCUUUCUGGUUUGCCAACAAGUGUUGGUGCAUCUAACACAGAUGCAUUCCAGAUGGGGUCUUCCGAGAUUUGUAUUGCUCAGUCUGAACCUAACCCAUUUCAACCUAGCUCAUCUGUUCUUGAAAUCGAUUGGAACCAACUAGAUCUAGACCCUAUUUCUACACCAGAUCCUUAUGUUCCUCUAGCCGAUCUGUGCACUAUAGGAGAAAGUUAUUUUCUUCCAGAUCUAGUCUUUACCAUGAACCCUUUAGAAACCAAUAUGGAUCAGAUAGGUUGGAUUCCAUCAACCGAUAAUAUUAGCGAUGAAACUAAUAUGAACCAAAUGGGUUGGACUCCAUCAACAGAAAAUUUUAGCCAUCCUGAAACCAAUAUGAACCAGAUGGAUUGGAUUCCUACUCUAGAAAAUUAUGUUUUUCCUCAAACUGAUAUGAACAUAAAUGUCCCUGAAACCAAUACAACCCAUAUGGGCUGGGUUUCUUCAAGAGAAGGUUAUGUUGCUUCUGAAAAUAUAAUUCCUUCAGAGAUCAGUAACCAGAUGGAUAGGGUUUCUUAUGGAGAAAAUCAUGUUCUUUCUCAAGAUAUUAUUUCCCAUGUCGGUUUUGCUACUGGUCAAACAAAUUAUGAAACCCCUUCUCAAACCAAUACAGACCAGAUGAAUUGGUUGUUUUCUGAAGAAAGUUUUCUUCUUCUUGAAGAUAUACCUUUUUUAGAAACCAUUACAGCCCAAACCCUUGAAACUAAUAUGGAAGAUACGAGUUUGGUUCCUUAUGUGGAAGAUACUGAUUGUCCAAUUGAAGAAUUGAUUUCUUUGGACAUUGACGUCAAUGAGAUGGAUAUUGACUGUUGGUUUGGAAAUUAUGGCUCUUCUGAGGAAAAUAUUCCUUUGUCGACGAUGUAUAUUGGACAUGACUCUGCCUUUAAUUCGCUGAUGGACUCAACCCCUCACUCCACGAUGGAAAACAAUGAUCAAUCACUUGGUAUGAAUCUAGAGUCGACAAGUCAGCAACAUAAUAUGAUGGAGCCCUGCAGAUAUCAGCAUAUGAAAACUGAAAAUCCAAGAGAGGCUAUGGAGGGAGGAGAUCAUUUUGAUGAUGAUCCUGAGUGCAUGAGUUGGAUCGAUGAGAUGAUAAACGAUAAUGCAUGA